CAACCGAGCAGAAGAAGCAGAAGAAGAAAAAACAGAAGAAGAAGAAGAAGAAGAAGAGUCUCCCCCGGUGGAAGCUGGUGAUGGCUGCUGUUUAACAAACAGCAAAAUCAAUCAAACCAAACACCUGCUUCCUGUUCGUGUUUGAUGUGAUACAGCAGCGUCCUGUCCUCACCAGAGCAAUGCUGACCUCAUCACACCAGUGACCUUAUAGUUUGCCAUUCCCGCUUCCAGCAAGACAGGCCAGCAGGACCCAGAUCAGCCCCGUCAUGGCUGCCCGGCAGCAGAAACCUGCAGCUGCAGUGGAACCUAAAAGGACGGACUACAGAGCCAGCGAGAAGAAGUGCUCUUGGGCUUCCUACAUGACCAAUUCUCCGACUGUAAUCGUGAUGAUUGGGCUGCCCGCAAGGGGGAAGACCUACAUGGCCAAGAAGCUGACACGCUACCUCAACUGGAUCGGAGUGCCAACUAAGGUGUUUAAUCUCGGAGUUUAUAGGAGAGAAGCAGUGAAGUCGUACAAAUCGUACGACUUCUUCAGACACGACAACAAAGAGGCAAUGCAAAUUAGAAAAAAGUGCGCUCUGGUGGCACUAGAGGAUGUCAAAGCAUAUCUGAAUGAGGAGGGAGGCCAGAUCGCUGUGUUUGAUGCCACCAACACCACCAGAGAGAGGAGGGAACUCAUCCUGAAUUUUGCCAAAGACAAUGCAUGCAAGGUGUUUUUUGUAGAAUCGAUCUGUGAUGAUCCAGACGUCAUCGCUACAAAUAUUCUGGAUGUGAAGGUGUCCAGCCCAGAUUACCCUGAGAGGAACAGAGAACGUGUCAUGGAGGAUUUUCUGAAGAGAAUAGAGUGUUAUAAAGUCACGUACCAACCUUUAGAUCCUGACGAACAUGACAAGAACCUGUCCUUCAUCCAGGUCAUAAACGUCGGCCGUCGUUUCUUGGUGAACAGGGUGCAGGACUACAUCCAGAGUAAAAUAGUCUACUACCUCAUGAACAUACACGUACAUUCCCACUCCAUCUACCUCUGUCGCCAUGGAGAGAGCCAUCACAACGAGGAGGGACGCAUCGGGGGAGACGCUGAACUGUCAGAGAGAGGCAAACAGUUUGCAGUAGCUCUGAAGGAUUUUGCUAAAGAACACCGCCUGUCAGACCUGAAGGUUUGGACUAGCCAGCUGAGACGGACCAUUCAGACGGCAGAGGAGCUGGGAGUUCCCUACGAGCAGUGGAAGAUCCUCAACGAAAUAGAUGCUGGUGUGUGUGAAGAGAUGACCUAUGAGAUGAUUGAGGAAACGUACCCGGAGGAGUUUGCGAUGAGGGACCAGGACAAGUAUCUCUACCGCUACCCUGGAGGAGAGUCGUACCAGGACUUGGUUCAGCGGCUGGAGCCAGUGAUCAUGGAGCUGGAGCGACAGGGCAACGUACUGGUCAUCUGUCAUCAGGCCGUCAUGCGCUGCUUGCUGGCCUAUUUCCUGGAUAAGGGCGCAGAUGACCUCCCUUACUUGAAGUGUCCGCUGCACACCGUCCUCAAACUCACCCCUGUGGCUUAUGGCUGUAAAGUGGACAUGUUUGACCUGAAGGUUGAGGCUGUCAACACUCACAGGGACAGACCAUUAAGUAAAGCCCGGGCAGAUGUUGUGCCGCCAGCUUUCCAUAGAAGAAACAGCUUCACUCCACUGUCCAGCCAGGACCAGAUUAAACGUCCCCGUCUUUAUAGCAUGGGCAACCCUCCACAGGCCCGCAUGUCCCAGCCCCCCACUUUACCCAGCAUGCAGUUCUCUGAGGCUUCAGAGGGGGCGGAGUUGCUGCAGAGCCAGGAGUCUCUGAACGGUUUCAGUGCAGCAGACACAGACGACUGUGUUCACAGUUAGAGGCUUUUCUUCGCUUGAAUGUCUCACCACUUCUGAGGACCAGCCGUAAAAAUCGCUACCAGCUUCUGCCAUGACAACUCAAACACUAUAGUGUGCACCAUGUCUGUAUUACAGUAUUUAUGUGUUGUCUAUUUAGUUUAGGGGUUGGAGAUCUAAAGAGUUUUAUUUUAUGAUCAAUCUUGAAGUAGUCCAAUCACAGAGAUUGUUAUAUUUUAUGUCAUUAUUUAGUUUUCUGUGAAGUUUAUCUGGCAGCGGUUGACACUUCCAAAGAAUAUAUGAUAAAUCUGUUUAACCACAUCAGGAAGCAUUUGACGGAACAUGCCGAGUGUCUUUAUCUCACCAGGUCCCGAAACAUAAAGGAUUUUAGUUGACUGACGCGUCGGACCAACAUUGAAAAGCAGCAAGCGAUGGAAAGAGGUGGCUGAGGCCUUCACGUACAUUUGCGUGACCAUAUUGAAAACUGUCUUUAAAGCAAUAUUGUGUUUCAAAUGGUGCAAAUAGAAAAGUCCAUGGGCUGGUUUGAGUCUGGAUAUUCUUGACUGUAAAUUUAAAAAUCCAAAAUUGAGAUCACACUUCAUGAUUGUGUUUAAAAAAGAUUGUGAUAUCUUUGUUUUGUGUUUUUUGUGGUAAAGCUUGCCCACCCGUAGUUCAGUUAAUGUUGGAUGAGGAAUGUGUGUACUGAAUGAACUCAAUGCCUUUGCACAACAGCCUUCAAAAGUGCUCUGUAAUCCAGCUCAUAUUAAUGUAAAGAUAUGUAGGGACUUUAGUUUGUACAGUAGUUCACCUGUCACGUUAUGCUGUAUUAGAUGUAGGAAACUGUGUGAAGUGUGUACCUCAGGAGAGUGCCUCUCUAGAAUGAAACUACAUGCAGCCUUAUUUAGUUUGAAUCUUUCUUAAAAUGUACUUAUUUCAACAUUCCCAGGUAAUGUGCAUCCUUCCUCUGGUUGUUUUAUUUUUAGCAGUUUUUUAAGCAUAUUAAACGUUAAUUCGAUUUUUGCCGUCGGCUGGGAUAAAAAUGAAUGAAACCUUUUUUGGCCCCUUUAAAUAGUGUAGCAGCUCCAGUGUCUCUGUGACACUUAUUCCACUCAUUGUCUUAAAUGACUGUUGCCUUCAAUUAACAGCUUGAACACUGAUACUAAACAUGCUAAUCUUAUUUGAACUUUACAAAAUGGAUCGAUAUUUCAAACGUUAAAUGAUAAAGUUUUGAGUGACUCGGGGUAUUUAUUAAGCUUCGAUGCCACCUAGGUUCUUCGUGUAUAACUUACAUCAAUUAUCUAUACCACAAGAAUACUGUAUACUCAGUACUGCCUAAAUAGUAUCCAUAUUGAUGACAUCCAUUCAUUUGACAUUUAUUCCUGAUGUUACAUGUAAUCUUUUGGGAAAGUGCCUUGCAAGGCUGUGACAGAAGUAAUCAAGAUUAUUUUAACAUGUACGCUACAUGAAAUGACAAAUUCUGUGGAUUGGCAAAACAUUCGGAUGUUUCUAAAAAGCUGUAAUGUUAUUGCACACUGUUGUGUAUGUGUAUCAUUAAAUGAAGAUCAGUUUAAACUAUUCUUA